AUGAAAAAUCUACUAUCAUGGUUUUUCUUGAUCAUCUUCUUUUCAAACUGCUUCAGCACCGAUGUAUUUUCAGUUUACGGGCAAUGUCAGAGUGAUCAGCGAUCGUUGUUAAUCCAAAUCAAGAACAGCCUCGUAUUCGAUCCUGCUUUAUCUGUAAAUUUGCCGCGGUGGAAUCAAAACACAGACUGUUGUUAUUGGCGUGGCGUUGGUUGUGAUGAGGCUGGACUUGUUACUAGUCUCAACUUGAGCAAUGAAUCAAUCUCUGGUGGAAUUGACAAGGCAACUGGUCUAUACGCUCUUCAGCAUCUGAAGAGCCUAAAUCUGGCUUAUAAUAGGUUUCAUGCAAUUCAAAUUCCAUCCAGGUUGGCCGACCUCACAAAGUUGAAUUAUCUGAAUCUUUCUAAUGCUGGCUUUGCGGGGCAGAUUCCUAUUGAGAUUUCAAACAUGGCAAGGUUAGUUACUCUGGAUUUGUCUUGUCUUUCCUACUAUGGAUCUUCUCUUGACAAUCAGAAUUUAAGCUCUUCUCUCAUGGAAGUCGAGACCCUGAACUUGAGCACUUCUUCCCUUCAACUCCAGAAUCCGAUUUCGAGUACUAUUCAUUUCAAACUCGAGAUACCGACCCAGAGUACUCCUUCCUUGAGACUAGGGAACCCUCAAUUGAAACUUAAAAUCCCGAAUUUGAGCUUGCUUAUUCAGAACUUAACACAGCUCAGGGAACUGUAUCUUGAUGGUGUAAACAUAUCAGCCCAUGGAAGUGAAUGGUGUAAAGCUCUAUCGUCUUCACUGUCUAAUCUGCAAGUCUUGAGCUUGUCCAACUGUUUUCUUUCCGGCCCUAUCACCCCUUCCUUUGCAGAACUUCGGUCACUUUCAGUAAUCCGUUUGGAUCAGAACAAUCUAUCGUCUAAAGUUCCAAUUUUUUUAGCUGAAUUCAUGAAUUUGACCUCCCUGCGUCUCAGUUCUUGUGGGUUAAGUGGAACAUUUCCAGAAGAUAUCUUCCAGUUACCAACGCUAGAGACUCUUGACAUAUCAUACAAUGGAUUACUUGAAGGUUCUUUGCGAAACUUUCCUCAGAAUCAGUCUCUUAGGACCCUCAUACUCAAGUUCACAAAUUUCUCGGGGACACUACCAGAUUCGAUUUCCAAUCUCAAAAAUUUGUCAAGAAUAGAGCUAUCAAACUGCAAUUUUACUGGGGUUAUUCCCACUUCGAUGGGUAAUCUCAGCCAUAUAGUUUAUUUGGACCUUUCAUCUAACAAGUUCACUGGUCCAAUCCCAACUUUUCACAUGACCAAAAAUCUCUCUUACCUAGACCUCUCUAGGAAUUUGUUGAUAGGUGCGAUCCCAUCAAGUUGGAAACAGCUUCAGAAUCUUACUUAUGUUGAUUUGAGUUUAAACUCCCUUGAUGGUAAUAUUCCGCCGUCUCUGUUUGCUAUCUCAUCAUUGCAGAAGCUUCAGCUUGCCAACAACCAAAUUGAAGGCCAAGUUCCUGACUUUCCGGAUGCCUACCGCUCUCUGUUGGAUACCCUUGAUUUAAGCGGCAACAGAUUAGAAGGGCCAGUUCCCAUAUCGGUCUUCAAACUGCAUAAUCUUAAAAUCCUUGUACUUUCGUCCAACAACUUCAGUGGCACCAUACAUUUGGACUCAAUUCAAGGGCUUCGCCAUCUUACUAAACUGGAGCUUUCAUACAAUCGCUUGGUUGUGAAUGGUAGUGAUUAUUCUUUCCUUACCCAUAUUAGCACAUUGAGAUUGGCUUCUUGCAACCUGAGAGUGAUUCCUGAUCUGAAGAAUCAAUCAAAACUAUAUAUUUUAGACCUCUCAGACAACCAAAUUUCUGGGGAAGUACCUAAUUGGAUUUGGGAAGUUGGUAAUGGUGGUCUUGUCUAUCUCAAUCUUUCACAUAAUCUCCUGGUAUCUCUUCAGGAACCUCUUCCUGUCUCCAAUCACUUUCUUGAAGUCCUUGACUUACAUUCAAACCAGCUCCAAGGGAAGAUGCCAUACCCACCACUAAAUGUUGUUUAUGUGGAUUACUCCAGCAAUGAUUUAAAUUUUACCAUCCCAGCCAACAUUGGUAAAUCCCUAUCCUCCACCAUAUUCUUUUCCCUUUCAAACAAUAGCCUCACAGGAUUUAUCCCUGAGUCAAUAUGCAAUGCAACAUAUCUUAAAGUUCUUGACUUAUCAGACAAUAGUCUGAAUGGCAUAAUGCCAACAUGUUUAAUUAAAAGAACUUACCCUCUUGGUAUCCUGAAUUUAAGGAGAAACAAGCUCACAGGCACUAUUAGGGAUGCAUUUCCAGAAAAUUGUGCAUUACAAACCCUAAAUCUCAACAGAAAUCGACUUGGAGGAAAGAUUCCGAAAUCUCUGGCCAAAUGCAAAAUGCUGGAAGUUUUAGACCUUGGAAACAACCACAUCAAUGACAACUUUCCAUGCUGGUUAAAGGAAAUCUCUACUUUUCGUGUCCUAGUCUUGCGAUCCAACAAAUUUUAUGGAACGAUUGGUUGUCCAGAUCAACAAGGCAACUGGUCAAAGCUUCAGAUUCUUGACUUAGCUAUCAACAACUUUGAUGGAACCCUACCAGGAAAGUGCUUAGCAACCUGGAAAGCAAUGACGGCUGAUGAAGAUGAAGAACAGUCACAGCUCAAACACAUUCAAUUUCCGUUCCUGCAAUUCGGCUACUUUUACUACCAAGAUGCAGUAACCGUUACCAUUAAAGGUCUGGAGAUGGAGCUAGUGAAGAUCCUAAAUGUUUUCACCUCCAUUGACUUGUCAGGAAACAAUUUUGGAGGGUCACUGCCAGAAGAGACAGGACUAUUGAAAUCAGUCCGCCUUCUCAACGUGUCUCGUAAUGCUCUCACAGGUCCAAUCCCAUCAUCCAUAGGGAACUUAAAACAACUGGAGUCCUUGGACCUUUCAGCUAACCAGCUGGAUGGGGUGAUCCCUAUAAAGCUUGCAAGCCUUAGUUUCCUCUCAGUCCUGAAUCUCUCAAACAAUCACCUUGAGGGCAGAAUCCCAUCAGGCCCUCAGCUCCAAACAUUUUCAGCAUCUUCUUUUGAAGGUAAUGAAGGAUUAUGUGGCCCUCCUUUGACAAAUAAUUGCACAAGAAGUUCAAAUCAGUCACAACCAUUAGCACCAGCUUCAAGUAAGGAAUUUGAUUGGUUGUUCAUAGUCAUUGGAAUUGGAUUUGGGAUGGGUUCAGCAGUAGUUAUUGCACCCCUGAUGUUUUCAGACAAAGUAAACCAGUGGUAUGACGAUCACAUCAUUGAUGAUUUCCGAUUGGUAAUCCUUCCAAUGUUUGGGUUGCUGUACAAGACUUCUCAUCAAAGAAGAAUCAAAGCAGAGGAAGAUCUCAAAGGCAAAAACUCAGAUGAAGACGAGGAUGAUUACAAUGAAACGGUAACUGAAGAAACUCACAGCCGGUAUUGUGUGUUAUGCUCUAAACUCGACAUUGCAGGGAAUAGGACUAUUCACGAUCCUAGAUGUAUUCAUCACUCCCUGCCCAUAUCUUCUUCUUCCACUUCAUUGGCACACUGA